AAGAAAUAAAAAAUAAUUUCAGAUCCGUCCCUCCCCGCCGCCGCGGCCCCGCGCGCAGGCUCCACGCCUAGCCCCGCCUCCUUUCAAGCCCAGGCCAAUCCGCUGCGGGCCAGACAGGAGGGCGAUGCGGGGAGGAAUCAAUCAGCGCGGGGCGAAGGCGAAGAGAGACGGGCGAGGCGGCCAAUGAAAAAGAGCGGCAGCGACCGACCGCCUCUUCCUAAGAUAACAAGGACCGCCCGGUCGCGCGAACCACCGGCCUGAAAGUCUGUGACAGAAAGGAUUGAAGAGGAGCAUAUCCAAUCCUGGGGCGGAGUUAAGAGUAGAGGGGUGGGGCAGUCCCGAUAUUUCCCAAUGGGAGAGAAAGGUGGUAUUUCCCCCCCCCACCUUUGAUCUCAACCUUUGGUUUGGGAUUGGGGGACGGCCCUCUAUGAUUAAUUGACGUAAAUGCUGACCAAUAAACUCCUCCCGUCAUCCGUGGCCCGAAGGGAAGACGAAGCGAAGAAUAAUGCUCCCGCUACUUUCUAAAACAGGCUCGCGGACGGUUCCGCCCACUCGGCAAAAGUGAUGGUAUAUUUAGCCAAUGAUGAUGGCGCUCUCGACAGAAGGGGCACCGAAGGCGACCAAUAGAGUUCUGGCCUAAGCGCAAUAGCCGUGCAAAGUAUCCUGGGAAAUCGAGUCUUGGCCAAUCGGGAUGGGAGUUUCCCCCUUUGUAGCCUUUUGUUAAGGUGGCUGGGUAUCUAUUAUGAACUGGAGGAGGUUGGCGGUGGUUCCCUGCCCCCCCCACCUUGCUUACCUCUCAGAUUUUCCCAUUCCUUUGGUGCCCACUUGUUUCUUUUUCAAAAUACACAUUUAUCUUCCCCAUCCUGAAUUGUUUUAUUAGGAACUAAGUUGGAUCAGGUUUGAGAGAAGGAUUUCUCUUGGUGUAAAAAUGAAAUUAAAAAGAAAAAGAAAUGUGCUGCAGAAACAGUCCAAUAAACCAGCCAUAGAAAGGGCUUGUGGGAGACUGAAAGAUUUCAAAGGAAGAAACCCAAACUGCUGUGACAUGGAGUUCCGCAGACUGGUUGCCCAUGCAGAAAAGGACGUAACGGCUUUCCCCCCCCAUGAUGCUGCAACAAAAAGCUACAAUGGAGACUCAUGGAAUGUUUGAACCGAAGCGACUGUAUUAACGCUUGCCUGGUCCUUGUUUUGCUGUUGUUGUUUUUUAAGCCACGAUGUCUUCCCAGUAUCCGCCCAAUCUCCGGAUUCGUCUCCCUGCGCUCAUUCUUCUUUUGGAAGCAGCUUUAAUCCUUAUAUUUGGCUUCUUCGUUUCUUAUGACCACAGUCAAAAUCUUGCAAGAGACUACCCAGUAUUUCAAGAUGUCAACCUCAUGGUGAUUUUUGGGUUCGCCUAUUUUCUGGCCUUCCUGCAGAGAUACGGCUUCAGCAGCAUCGGAUUCAACCUUCUCCUCGCUGCCCUCGGAGUACAGUGGGCUGUGCUUCUCGACGGAUUCCUCUUUCACUUCUCAGCCGGGAAAAUCAGAAUAAAUCUGCAAAGCAUUUUAACUGCCAUUAUGAGCAUCACCACAGUGUUGAUUUCAACAGGCGCAAUACUUGGCAAAGCCAAUCUCAUGCAGUUGAUCUGGAUGGCUGUGAUGGAAGUGACCGUCUUCACCGUCAACAGAUGGAUGGCUGUGAAUCUUUUGCAGAUCCAGAGCCACGUCAGCGUGAUGCACGCCCACUUAUUUGGGGCCUACUUCGGCUUAAUGGUCUCCUGGAUGCUCUACCACUCCUCGCUGAGUCAGAAAGUCGAGAAGGAAAGAUCCAGGCCCAUCUCGGAUAUGUUUGCUGUGCUGGGUACCCUCUUUCUCUGGAUCUUCUGGCCCAGCUUCAAUUCUGCCCUGAUCACGGAAGAAGACAAGAAAUGGACUGCCAUCUACAACACCUACUUCGUGAUGGCUACAAGCACCAUUGCAGCUUUUUCUUUCUCAAUGGCAACCAGCAAAAAUGGAAAACUCAGCAUGGCUCACAUCCAGAAUGCUACACUGGCAGGUGGGGUUGCCCUUGGCUUCUCUGCUUCCAACAUCCAACAGCCUUGGAUUGCAAUGGUUUUGGGUCUGGCAGCAGGCACAAUUUCUGUCCUUGGCAUGGCCUGUUUACAGAAACGCUUGGAUCCAGCACUCAAAAUCCAUGAUACUUGUGGAGUUCUUUACACUUUCGGCUUGCCCAGUUUCCUUGGAGGGGUAAUCCACGUUAUUCUCAUCCUAACAAACCACAGCAAGAACCUCUCGGUAUUUGGUUAUUCAGCUUUAAUUGAAAUUGGUGCACUCAGCUUGAGCCUGUGUCUCAGUCUUUUCAGUGGUCUGCUUACAGGUCUCAUUUUAACUUGCAAAUUAUGGAAAACACCUCCUGUAAGAAAGUACUUCGAUGAUCAAGUUUAUUGGGAGUUCCCCCACUUAGCUGUUGGAUUCUGAACACCAUUUUCAGGAGGGCAGCAAGUUACACAGCUAAGAGGCUUUCUCUCCGAUGCCACAAGAAUGCAUGAAAAAGAGACUUACUUGCUUUAUUAAAUUUGCCAGAAUAUUUGGUAAGCAUUUAGUAUAAAAUACUUGCUUGUAAGGCUACAAUGAAUAUGCCAAGUGUUUCUUUUAAAAAAUGUGUUUCUUUAUAUUCUAGGGGCUUUUAAACACUUAAAUAAUGUAAGUGAAAAGUGAAGAUUAAAUAUUAUAUGUGAAACUGAGUCCAGUCAUGCCAUUCUCACUGUGUUUAUAUAAAGUGUUUUUCACAGUCAUGGAGUUUGUGUAUUACUCUAAGUCAGGGGUCUGCAAACUUGGCUCUUUUAAAACUUGUGGACUUCAACUCCCAGAAAAGCUGGCUGAGGAACUCUGGAAGUUGAAGUCCACAAGUCUUAAAAGAGCCAAGUUUGCAGACCCCUGCUCUAAGCUGUCAUAUGGUUUGGUUUAGCAUCCUGUGUCAAGAGUGCUUUGAUAAAAAAAAAUAAAAAUUAAACCAAUGGACAAAUCAAACUAUUGAUUCCUUUCCACAACUGAGAAUUGACUUCCCUGCAAAGUCGGAAGGUUGCACAGGACAUUUCUUAUACAGCCUUCUGCAA